AUGGCCGACCAACCCUCCUCCUCCUACCUCGACACUGCCACCUUCCUCUCACCAACCUUCUCUCCUUCUCAAUAUGCUAACACCCUCGUCCACCAAACCAACAAUCCCACCGACACUCCUCUCGACCUCUCCACGCCGCUCAGCAAAGCCCUCUUCGACGUCCAAGAAGUAGACACCCACAUCGACACGCUGACGACACAGUCCGCUCUUCCGAUCAUCGACCAUACAACUCAAAAGACAGAAGCCGCUGGACGAGUGCUGGAGGCCGUAGAAGAGCAGGUUUCGGCGUUGCAGGAGAGCUAUAAGCGCCUAGAGAGGGAAGUCACGGAACGAUGGGAACAGGCGGAAGAGGUCAGGUUGGUGAGCGAGAGAUUGGUCAAGACUUUGAGGCUGGGGAGGGCUGUGCAGAGGGUCGUGCAACUGGGCCGGAAUUUGGAAGGACAGAUGGAAGAUGUGUCUUCUCCGUCGUCCAAAGAACGCGGUGUUGGACAUCGGGCUAUGGUACCUGCAGCGAGGACACUGCUGGAAUUAAGAGGUGUCUUUCAGGAUGAUGUGGACGGUUUGGGCCGAGUGCACGUCGCGAAGGAGGUCAAUCAGUCUCUGGCGAGCCCUUCGGAAAGAAGUCUGAUUUCCCGGGCACAGGGUGUUGUCCGAGAGUUCAGUAUGAGUUCUCUGCUCCAGGGCGGAGGGCAGACUUUUGCUCAGGCGGAAGAGACGAAGGCGAGGGCUACAAGCGCGCUGCAGACGCUUUGGCUGCUGAGUCCUACGCAUGCGAAGAAGGAUAGAGACUUCGAACCUUCGCUACUGAUCUCUGCUCUACAAUCGUACCUUCAGACGGCGCUGACAUCCUCCCUGGCUGCUCUAUCGAGGGCCUUGGCUACACUGCCUACUCUAGAGAGGACGUUACUGGAAGUCUCAGCGCGGUGCCAGAAUAUCAUUGCUCUGGAAGCUUUGCUGGGGAGCAUCCGACCUCCUGUACACCCUGUCAUCUCUACGCCCACUACUGAUACUAAUUUUCUUCAACCUCUCUUGCGACAUCUGGACACCGCCUCAUUGCCUUCGUACUUCUGGCGCAGUCUGGCCAACCAGCUCACUUCGCGAGUCCAAGAGAUCCUGUCCCGAGGAGGCGUGAGUGCACGCACCUUGCGAACGAAUCGAGAUCGCGUUCGAGAUGCGGUCCGAGAGUGCGUGGACAGAGGCUAUAGAGGUCCCGCUGCGAGGGAAGCCGGGGCGAAAAAAGUACAACCAGGGACCUGGGAAAGAGAAGCGGCGGUGAUGGUGGGCAGUGUGGUUGGGCCUAUGGGGAGGUGA